ACGCGGGAGAUUUCUCUUCCGGCUUCCGGCUUCCGCUUUUGCACUUUUUUUUUGUUUUUACCGUCAACGAACGUUUGUGUCGAGAAAAAUACACGCGUGUGUGUUUGUGUGGAGAAAGACACGCGAAAUAUGGACGACGUGAAACUGCAGAACGGUGGCACAACCAAGAAGAGAGACGACUACCUGGAAUGGCCUGAAUACUUCAUGGCUGUAGCUUUUCUGUCAGCCCAAAGGAGCAAAGACCCAAGCUCGCAGGUCGGAGCUUGUAUUGUGAACCAGGAGAAUAAGAUUGUCGGCAUUGGUUACAAUGGAAUGCCAAACGGUUGUGACGAUGACCUGCUGCCCUGGUCACGCUGCGCAGAAGACCGACUGGACACCAAAUAUCCAUACGUCUGCCACGCCGAGCUGAACGCCAUCAUGAACAAGAACAGCGCCGACGUGAAAGGCUGCACCAUGUACGUGGCCCUGUUCCCCUGCAACGAGUGUGCCAAGCUCAUCAUCCAGGCCGGGAUCCGAGAAGUGAUUUAUCUUUCGGACAAGUACCACGACACGCCAGCGAUGAUGGCGUCCAGACGGCUGCUCGACAUGGCGGGAGUAAAGUGCAAACAGUUUGAGCCCAAAAGGACGGAGAUUGUCGUCAAUUUUAAUUCCAUCAACGACAACAAUCCUCAAAAACAGUGCUGUACCAGCACACCUGUGGGGGGCGCUGCUGCUUCUUCUGCUGCUUCUGCUGCUCAGUCAGACGGUGAGUAGUCGGAGAAGGGCACGAGCGGGACGAGACCUAAAAGAGAGACUUCUGAUGACUUUUGUCCGAACAGGGAAAACUCAAGUACACGUGGACUUUUGGAUCCUGUUGGAUGUUUUCAUUUAAACGCUGGGUUUAAACUGUUUUUUGGCCGGGGGCAGGGUUUGGAAUGCUGCUAUUUAUCUUUUUAAAAUAUUCUUUAGGUCAAGGGUCACUUUAAGUCUUUAUGUUCAUUGUGUGAGUGAGUGAAUGUGCGUGUGUGUGUGUACGAUGAUUGAUUUCAUCGUUCAUAUUCUGGAAAAAAAACAGCCAACGGUUUAAAAAAAAUAAUCUGUGGGGGCCCACAGAUGGGUUGCAGAAAUGUUUGUUUUGGGUCCCCAAAACACACUUUCUGGAUUUAUCCAAAAUUUCAGUCUAGGUUAAUGUGUACACAUAUAUAUUAAAUUUUUAUUUUUAAAAAAUAACAUGCAAAAAGUUUUCUCUGAUUGAAAGCUGCACCAUGUAGCAUUUCUAAAUGACAAGCGUGACAAUUCCAGAUUUUAUAUAUAUUUUGUUUAGCCUUGUACUUUUUUUGCAUUCAGCACAAAUAACGUCAACACUUUUUACAUCCAUCCAUUUGUCACCCCCUGGUGGCUAAAUAAAGAGUAUACAACUGCAAA